AACACAUCUGAGGUCGACCACGAGUGGAGUGGCGUUGCGUUACGUGUACAUGCAUGGCAGAAAAGUACAAUUCUGGGAUACCGGAAGGGCAGCUAGCUUUAGCCUCGAAGCUAACGUGAGGCAAAGUCAACGGUUUUUAAGCUCUUUUCCGGAUUGUUUGCGUUCGGGUGGGGUGGGGUGGGGUGGGGUCAUCCUCAUUUCCGGUCGUGGUGCAAAUUGGACUCAACAAGAUCGUGGACACGAGCGGCCCGAGACAAAAUUUCCUCCGCAAAGUCGGAACGGGUGAGAACGCUCAAGGAGGCUCAGAGUUGAGUCGCUUGCUCCUCCGCGUCGACUUGAGUUGCAGUGAAGUCCGGGCAUCCCUGCUGAGGUUGCUGACCUCAGAUGAGCAGAGAGUAAAUGAAUGGAUGGGUUAUGCAAAAAAAAAAAAAAGAACACGAGUCCAUCUACUCGACUUUUUCAACCAUAUUUUUGACACACGCGCACACAUAUAUGCUUCAAAUCUGGAUUGACCUCGCCAUCCCGCAUUUGCCAUUUUGGGGGGGCUUUAAUUGGCCAAAGUGACAACAAAAACGGGGACAAGAUUGGGGGAGGGGUCGAGCGAGCGAGCGAGACAAAAGACGCGGGGAGCGAGCGAGAACGAGCCUCGGAGGAGGGGCGGUAGCGGAAGCUGGUCGCGCCGGCGUCUCCUCUCUGCAGCAGCGGGCGAGCAGCUGCCGCCGUCCGGAAUCCCGUCCCGGCGCAUCGAGCUAAUCCCCGGCUAGCGGUGCGGCUCGGCCCGCCGGUCGCCGCCGUCCUAUCCUUUCUCCGGCUGCCGUUUCAGCCGGAAAAUACCGGAACCUGCGCACAGGGGAGUGUGGGGGGAAAGGGGGGGGGGGUUGGGGACCUCCAUAGCAACAAGCCGGCUCCCCGGCAUUAUCGGAUCCAACUGGAGCAACCGCCACCCAAAAGAUGUGAGACGGCUUCCGAGGAGUAACCCGGCGGCCGGAUUUCAAAAUCACACAACUCCACGGAAACCUCUCGGCCCAGUCGAGAUGAACCCCAAGUAGCGCGACCGGGCAGCUGGACUCGAGCGCAUCGGUGAGACCAUGGAGCUGGAGCACUUUGACGAACGCGACAAAGUGCGCCGAGGGCGCUCCCCUCGGGCAAAACGGGACGACUCGGGCCCCGGCUCGCGGGCCAGCAGUCUGGUUCCGAGCCCGGCGCACAGCACCAACUGCAGCUACUACCGCACCCGCACUUUGCAGGCGCUUACCCUGGAGAAGCGCGCCAAGAAGGUGCGCUUCUACCGCAACGGGGACCGCUCCUUCAAGGGGCUGGCGUACGCCGUUUCCAGCGACCGCUUCCGCUCGUACGACGCCCUGCUGGAGGAGUUGACGCGCUCGCUGGCCGACAACCUCCACCUGCCGCAAGGGGUGCGGACCAUCUACACCAUCGACGGCGCGAAGAAGAUCGGCAGCAUGGACGAGCUGGUGGAAGGUGAGUGCUACGUUUGCGCCUCCAAUCAGCCUUACCGUAAAGUGGACUACACCAAGAUCUCCGUCCCAAGCUGGAAACCCGGCGCCGGGAGCGGCCCAGCGAGCGCAGCCAGGGUCUCCGCCGCAGCCGCCGGCGCCGCAGUCGGGGCCGGCGGGAGCGGCAGAGAGCGUCCCGAGGGCCGAGAGAGCAAAGACUUCAUCAAGCCCAAGUUGGUGACGGUGAUCCGAAGCGGUGUCAAACCCCGCAAGGCGGUGCGGAUCCUCCUGAACAAGAAGACGGCUCACUCCUUCGAACAAGUACUGGCCGACAUCACGGAGGCCAUCAAGCUGGACUCGGGAGCGGUCAAGAGGUUGUACACUCUGGACGGAAAACAGCUGACCUGUCUCCAGGACUUCUUCGGAGACGACGACGUGUUCAUGGCUUGCGGGCUGGAGAAAUUUCGCUACGCUCAGGACGACUUUGUGCUGACCCACGGCGGCAAGACGGCGGCCUUCGUUCACGAGUGCCGAGUCAAAGCGUCCCGUCCCGCGGUCUCUCAGAAGACUUCGACUCCCAAGACUUCCAGUGGAUCUGGUGUGGCCUCCACUAAGGCUUCAGCAAAAACUUCGACCCAGUCCAGAGCGCCAGGAUCCGCCAAUGAGGCGUCAGGAUCGCAGGCCCCCGCAAAGUCGUCCAGGUUGAGCCUCUCCCCGACGAGUCCCGGGACACGCGGGGGCCUCAAGGUGUCUCCUCGCCGCUCGUCAUCCGCGGACGCCAACGGUGCAUCCGAGCGCACCGAGGACGUCGCUCCGGAAGUGAACGGAAACCCGACGGUGUCGUCGACGCUCAUUAGCAGCAAGUACAGCAUCGGGAAAGUCAUCGGAGACGGAAACUUUGCGGUGGUGAAGGAGUGCGUCGAGAGGUCCACCGGGCAGGAAUUCGCUCUGAAGGUCAUCGACAAAGCUCGUUGCUGUGGGAAGGAGCACCUGAUCGAGAACGAGGUGGCGGUCCUGCAGCGGGUUCGACACCCCAGCAUCAUCCAGCUCAUCGAGGUGGACGAAACCCCGUCUCAACUUUUCCUGGUCAUGGAGCUGGUCAAGGGUGGCGACCUGUUCGACGCCAUCACGUCAUCCGCCAAGUACAGCGAGCGCGACGCCAGCGCCAUGGUGUACAACCUGGCCGGGGCCAUCAAGUACCUGCACAGGAUGAACAUCGUGCACAGAGACAUCAAGCCGGAGAACCUGCUGGUGUGCGAGUACCCGGACGGUACCAAGUCGCUCAAACUGGGGGACUUCGGUUUGGCCACGGUGGUGGAAGGGCCGCUCUACACCGUGUGCGGCACGCCGACCUACGUGGCGCCGGAAAUCAUCGCCGAGACCGGUUACGGAUUGAAGGUGGACAUCUGGGCGGCGGGCAUCAUCACCUACAUCCUCCUUUGUGGUUUCCCACCGUUCAGAAGCGAGAACAACGUCCAGGAGGAGCUGUUCGAUCAGAUCCUCAGAGGCAAACUGGAGUUCCCGUCUCCAGACUGGGACCCCGUCAGCCUUCCCGCCAAGACGCUGAUCGGUCAGAUGCUGCAGGUGAACGUGGACGCUCGCUUCACGGCAGACGAGGUGAUCUCGCACCCGUGGGUGACGGACGACGCUCCCGCCGACUCCGGCAACGACGAUCUCGGCGUGACGGAAAAGGAACCGCCGGGGCUGGAAACCAAGCAGGUUCCUUCGCCGCUAGUCUAAAGGUCCCAACAAAGCUCGCGGCGAGCUCUUUUCCUGAAAAACGCCAACAAAACCUCUCGUGCUGUUGAGAGCUCCGUUGCCAAUCGGUGACAAUCCCCAAUUCCUCUUCGUCCAAUCACUUGAAGCUUAUCCUCAACUCUUCCUACUGCCGUCAGCUGGAGCACAAUCCAGUAUUUUGGGAGUAUCCGCAGUAAGACGGAAAGAAAAACAAAACAAAACAAAACAAAAAAAGAAGAAUCGGGGACUGACAAUUUGAAGCCUUUCCUGUAACCAGAAUGUCUUCCGCUUUUUCUGGAAAGAAGCAACUUUCUUUUUGGAUCGGUGAGCCUCCCCAGCCAAUCCGAGGCCAGAAGCACUGUGCCCGCCCGUCUGAGCUGAUCUUCAAACCCUGUUAGCCUCGUUCAAAUAUGUCGUUACGCGUUAGCUGUCGUGUGUGUGCGAGUCGGUCAUAAAGUCGGAAAAUGUAGCGGCGUCGUUUAAAAACAAAAACAAACAAAAAAAAAAAACACAACGGUGCUUAAUUAUUCCAUUACGUCAUCGUUCAUGCGAUGUGUGUGUUGUCGGUGAGAAUGUGGGAAAUUUUCUCGAAUUGAAGGAUUUAAAGCGGCGGUGUCCAAACUGCGGCCCACCGUCGUCGCGUUCAUUUCAAUUCAUAAACAAGCAGAGAAGAAAGGGAAGAAACGUGUUUUUGAAAGCUGCGUCGCCACCGACUGAUUGCUUUCAAGAUGUUCAAUUAAAAAGGGAGGGCCGUCGAAGUAGCUACUGGUAGAAAAAGUGUGCACACCCCUGUCUGAAGCGAGCCGAAACUUGAAAAAGAACAACAACCGGAUGCAGUGUUAUAACCCUUCGGUCUUAAGUGUUACUAGUUUUGUCUCUGCGAACACCAAAACCGGAAGGCGCCUUGCUGCGUGGACGCCGCGAGCGCCGAAGACCACGCAAGGGGUUGACUUGCAGCUAAAAUCUCUUCAAUCCAAAAAAAAAAAAAAAAAAAAAAAAAAAACACGCUUUAACUCAUUAUGUUUAUGUGCAAGACAUUAUGCCUUAUUAAGCUUCAAUCAAAUUCAGUAGAUUCCAACUUUUUUUCCCCAAUCCCUUUUCCGUGACAAAAAGGUCCUUCUGAACCGGGUUUGAGCAUUUCGGAACGCUUUGCUAGCCCCAAAAGCGCGCAGCGUGUGUUUUGUGCAAACGGGCCGCGGUGCGUUCAAAGACCUUCAAAUGGAGGACAAAGAUACAUUCAACUGUGAAAUAAAAGUUAGA